AUGGCCCGGACAUGUUUACUUUUACCAGAGGCAUGCCUCUUGGUUCUUGCUCUGGCUACUUGUGCUACAGCUCUUGUUGCGACGACUCCCCCGCCUGCGCCCAAGAGCUUCUGCCCCAUCUUCUAUCCCGAAGCCCAGCCGCCGACCGAUUGCGAACCGAAGCAGCCCACGACCUUUCUUUCAGCCCCGAAAGCUGCGAGGAAACCUUCCACCAAUACACCCGAGGCGAAAGAUGAACCUCUCGAAGCUGCUUUUGAGGCCUUGACGGUCAUGCAGCAUGACUUCUUUGCAUCGGACCAAGGAACGUGGCCAGAAGCCAUUGACUGGACGGCCGCCGUUAUGGAGACAAUGCUCUCUGGCACCUUGACCUCCCUUUCGCAAGCCCUGGCUGUGCUUGAUAUCGGGGGUAACAGUGACAAGGUGGCGAAGCGCAAUCUGAUCGACACGUUCUUCACCCAACUUGUGGCCUCUUACUUUGGUCAAGACGACGUCGCAAUCCGUCACGAGGCAUUCGAUGAUAUUCUAUGGGUUGUCCUCGGCUGGAUCGAUGCCAUCAAGCUCAUCAACAUACACUCUCAACUAUUCUACCCUCGGGAGGGCGUCAACGAAAGCGCAACCCCAGGUCUCGGAGACGCAUUGGCCAACGGCCCUUGGCAUGGCCAGUACUGGGUUCCCGCGUUUGCUCACCGCGCACGAAUCUUUUGGGAUCUCGGAUCCAAGGGGUGGGACACGCUGCUCUGUGGUGGCGGCAUGAAUUGGAACCCGAGAUUGGAACCAUACAAGAACGCCAUCACCAAUGAACUAUACAUCGCGGCGUCCAUCUCGAUGUACCUUUGGUUUCCAGGCGACAACAACACCACGCCCUGGAUCAACAGCCAAAGUGGCGUGAAAGCAACUCGCGAACCCAAGUACCUUGCCGCUGCCAUUGAGGGUUACAAGUGGAUCACCGGAGUCAACCUCACCAACGAUGCAGGCCUUUAUGUUGACGGCUACCACAUAGACAAGUCCAAGCAGGACAACACCGAGUGCGAUGUGCGCAGUGAAGCCGUCUUUACCUACAACCAGGGCGUGCUUCUUACUGGCCAGCGUGGUCUCUUCACCGCAACGGGCAGCGCAUCGUAUUUGGAAGACGGACACAAACUAAUCCAGGCAGUCAUCAAAGCUUCGGGCUGGGACCUGGAGCUCGAUCGGCCAAUUGACAACCUAUCAGACCUCCCCCCAGGUUACCUGCCGCCAUGGCGAGGACUGGGCCGUGGGGGCAUCUUAGAGGACUCUUGCGACGCUAGCGCGACAUGCUCGCAGGAUGGACAGACUUUCAAGGGCAUUUUCUUCCAUCACUUCGUGACAUUCUGCCAGCCAAUCGACCCGGCCAUUGUUGAGCCAGGCAUGACUGUCGAUGCCCAGGCAUACGAUCAGAUCAAGACGGCUCACGCAUCGGCCUGCCAGGCCUACCUAGGCUGGGUACAGCAUAAUGCCAAAUCAGCUUUGCUGACCAGAGACCGCGAAGGCCGGUUUGGCGCAUGGUGGGGAGCGGGCGUAUUCCAGGGUGUCUUGCCGACGAUGGAAACGGACGGCAUUGCCCACAACGCGCCGAACUUGACCGACUACCGCAACUACGGCCUUCCGCAUGAUGGCGUAUGGGCCAACGGCGACCCGGACAAGGUCUGGGCCCCGAACGGCGAAGCACGCAAGAACCAAACAAGGGGUGUCGUGGUGGUUAGUGAUGAGGAGCAGUCCGGACAGCAGGUCCUCGUUAGCUUAAGUAGACAGGCACCGCGCGAAGAGGACGGCGACGGACGUAAAGCCGGGUUCGAACGACAAGCGACGCCGCCGACGAGAGGCGAUCCGAACGACCGCGGCAGGGGUAGGACCCCGGAGACGCAGAACGGCGGCAUGGCCUUGAUACGGGCUUGGUGGGAGCUCGUAGCGGCCUCGGACGAAUCCUACACGAAACAGCAUCGACAUGAGAGAUAA